GUGAUGAUGAUCGGUGGCGGCGUCGCGACCCCUCCUGGUACUGCCAAGUCGGCGGCUGCGAUCGACAGCGAAAUGGUGCAGGUCGACGGCAUUGGCAGUGGUAGUGUCAGUGGCAGUGCUAGUGGUAGUGGUAGCCCUGCAACGGGCGCGACCACCACGCGCCUCACAAACAAUAGCAAUACCGGUAGCAACAACAACAACAACAACAACAAUAACAAUAACAAUAACGGGGAGAUUGGCAACAAUAAUGACGGGCACGGAGUCGCGAAUUGCACCGGCACGACCGCCUCGAGCGCGAGCGACAAGUUCUGCUGUCAGGACGAGGACGUUCCCGCCAGUACCGGCGUCGCCCGACCUUGGGAACCACCCUCGCCGACCUUCUCCCAGACGAGAUCGCACCUGCUGCAGGUACAUCCGCCGCACCAUCACCAGCAGCAUCCCACGGCGCAUCAUCACCAGCAGAUGAACGUACCGGCCUCCCUGAUCGAUGGUGUGAAUUUGCAAAAUUGCACGGCCGGUCCGUUUGCCAGCGGCAAUAACGGCAGCGCAUCGCGGCAACGUCUAAUCGAAUUGUCACAUGGAUUAGGAGCACUCAGGCAUUACAACGAUCUGGCCAAUCACGUGUUAUCGUUAAACCAGCAGGGCGCAGUCGUUACGAAACUUUUAGGUACGUUGCGCCCGCCGGGCCUGAUCGGUGGCAGUAAGCCGAAAGUAGCGACACCGGCUGUCGUCGCUAAGAUCGAGCAAUAUAAAAGGGAGAACCCGACGAUCUUCGCCUGGGAAAUUCGGGAGAGGCUGAUCUCCGAAGGAGUCUGCAGUAACGCGACAGCGCCGUCGGUCAGCAGCAUCAAUCGGAUACUGCGGAACCGCGCUGCGGAACGCGCGGCAGCGGAAGACGGCGAUGGGGACGACGGAAGUUUAGACGGUUCGGAGCAGCCUAAAUUCCGGCGUAAUCGCACGACCUUCAGUCCGGAGCAGCUCGAAGAGCUCGAAAAGGAAUUCGAGAGAUCGCAUUAUCCGUGUGUGUCCACGCGCGAGCGUCUCGCCUCGAAAACGUCGCUCUCGGAAGCCCGCGUUCAGGUUUGGUUUUCCAACAGACGGGCAAAGUGGCGUCGUCACCAGCGCAUGAACCUCUUAAAACGCUCGCCACCACCGCCUCCACCACCACCGCCGCAGCCGCAGCCGCCGCAGCAGCAACCGCACUCCGCUACGUCCGCUAUGGAAAUCAGCCAGCGUACGUCCAGCUGCUCCAUCGCCGGCAUGGGCGGCGAAAGUAGCGCGUUUCGCGCGGUCGUCGCUAAUUCCGCGGCCAGGGACGCCGGCCUCGACAGAGCCGAGAGGCUCGACAGGCACGAGUCGGUGCCGAAGCAACCGGAGAGGAAACCCAGCGCCUUCCGGAUGAUCAGCCAGCUGGUGGGUGACGACUCGUCCGAACUCUCGAGACCGACCAGUCCGGUGUACGAGCAGCGGCAGGGGUCCGGUUUAGGAGCGCGUCCGGGAUCAGCGCACAGGAUACGCUACGAUCAGAACGAGGACGAGGACGAGGAAAUUGACGUUCAAGACUCCGACCAGGACGCACCGUCGUCGCCACCGGUCGCUUGGAGAGAUCAUUGGACUGACCAACAACCGUUGGAAUUGACAAAACACGAUCGUUGAAUGAGACGUGAUAUCUCCAGUUUGAUUUCGAUCGAUCGCAGUCGUUGAGUCAUGGAGUGGCGUUCUCGAGAAAUCGAGCUACCUGUCCGAGCGGCCGCAGGUUACGGUUAUUUAUUGAAAAAUGGUUGGCUAGGCAAAUGGCGCGGAUCGGUAACUACCGAGUGUUCCAAGUGCAGCGUCGCAUCGGUUCUUUUAUUUUUUUUU